AUGCCUCCUCCACUUCCCUCCCAACAUCGCGGUAUGACCGCAAACCCUCUCAAGCCAGUUAAGCGUUACCGGCCAGGAAAACCGAUCGCGGAGGAACCCUCGUCAUCUGAAGAAGAUGAGGACGCCGAGGAAGAGAUACAGGAGCAGGAGCGGCGCAGACAGGAACAACAACGGCAGAAGCAACAGGCUCCAAAGGCGACCUCGUUCCCUGCUGGCGCUGCUGCUGCUGGGAGGAUCACAAGAGGCGUGCAAGAUGUAAAGAUUGAAGAGGAGGAGGACGAGGAAGGGUUUGUGACGGAGGAGGAGGAAGAGGCGCCGCCGAAGGUAACCGCUCGUGUUGCUGGCGACCGAGCGGAGACUGUGACGGCGCAAGCAGGCGUAGAUGAAGAAGAGGAAGAAGAGGAGGAGGAGGAGGAGGAAAGUGAGGAAGAAGAGAGCAGUUCAGAAGAGGAGGCUCCCCGGAGGGUUCUGUUACGGCCUACGUUCAUCAAGAAAGACAAGCGCAACAACGCACCGAAUCAAGCACAAAAUGCCGCUAAUGUUGCCGAUUCGGCGGCGGAGGCGGAGGCCCGCAAGGCGCAGCGACAGGAGAAAGCGGACAUGCUGGUCCGCGAGCAAUUGGAGAAAGAAGCGAUUGCGCGGACAACGGCGAACCGAGCGUGGGAUGACGACGAGGUGGUUGAAGCGGGCGAAGAAGGUGCCAUCGAUGAUCGGGAUGGCGUGGAUCCAGAAGCAGAAUAUGCCGCUUGGAAGCUACGGGAACUGAAGCGAAUCAAGAGAGAGCGCGAAGCCAUCGAGGCAGCGGAGAAGGAGCGGGAAGAGAUCGAGCGUCGUCGGAACCUUACCGCGGAAGAGCGCGAACGCGAAGACCGCGAGUUUAUCGAGAAGCAGAAGCAAGAGAAAGAAGCCAGUCGUGGCCAGACUGGGUUUAUGCAGCGCUAUUUCCACAAGGGUGCUUUCUUCCGUGAUGAUCUGGAACGCGAAGGACUUGACAAGAGAAAUGUCAUGGGGCAGAGGUUCGCCGACGAUGUUGCUCGUGAGACCUUGCCUGAAUAUAUGCAAAUUCGGGAUAUGACCAAGCUGGGAAAGAAGGGCAGGACACGAUACAAGGACUUGAGGACGGAGGAUACAGGACGCUUUGGAGACGGCUUCGACAAUCGUUCCCGCCGUCGGGAGGCUGCCCCUCUCGGUAUCCGAGACGAGCGAUUCCUACCUGACCGUCCGGACGAUCGCCCCAAGGGUCCGACAGGAGCCAACGCCAGUACCGUACGCGAGAGACGAAGGUCGCGGUCAAGGUCAUAUUCGCCGAGGCGAGACCGUCACCGCGACCGUAGAGAUGACAGACAUGAUAGCCGGCGAGACAGUUAUGGUGGCGGUGACCGCUAUCGUGACCAUGGCCGUGACCGUAGUCGUGACCGAGACCGCUCAAGAGACCGAUACAGGCCGGAUACCAGCAGUCGAAGGAAACGGAGUCCUUCGCCAUACGACGACCGCGACAAGCGACGGCGUACAGACGAUGCUACAUAG